CAUAAACACGUAAAAUUUGCCAUGUGUUUUUCAUGUAGCAUUAAUUAGAGCAAUUAAAAUCUUGUUUGUAGCCAAUAAAUCUUUUAAUUUUUAAUAAAUUAAUAUGGGGAAAGUUAAAAAUAAGAAAUAUAAAUGUAAGCAGGUUAACCCAGUUGGUUUACCUAGUGUAAAAGAAAUGGAAUUCGGUUUAGACGAAUUUCUAACUACAGAAAAUAUCGAUGCCGGUUUUAUUGAAUCGGUUAAAGAAAAGCUUCUGAGUACACGAGCAGAAGACCGUGAAUGUGGUGCAGUCAUUAUAGCUAAUUUAGCUAAUAACAAAGAAUUUGUUUCUUCACUAAUUGAAAAGAAAGUUAUCAAGGUUGCUUCUCCUCUUUUGGUUGAUAAAAAUGUGGCAGUUAGACAUGCUAUAGCUGGAUGUUUGAGGAACAUCGCAGUUUGUGGUGAUUACACGGUUUCCGAAGCUAUGAUAGAACAAGAUGUCAUGACCAGUCUGGUUACCCUUUUUGGAAUGUACAAGACUCCUUGGACUCCAGUUGCAGUUACUGAAAACAAAAUUGAUUCAAAACAAGAAAUAUUUCUGGAAGCUUGUAAUUUAUUAUGGAAUUUGUGUGAAAAUAGUGAUAUGGCAGUAAGAAUAUUCAAUGAGAAUGACCUUGUAUCGAUUUUGCUUCCAUGUCUCAAAGUGGAUGUCUUUGGUUUCAGCGUGCCUAUAGCAGUUGCAAACUGCCUUUAUACGAUCAGUGAAAACAACAAAUAUCUGAGGGAUAUUUUAAGACAACCAACAGUAGACACAGAAUUAAAAGAUUUAAUGUCUUUACCCGGUAACAGCCCAGAGGAGGUUUUAUUGAAGGCAUUAGCUGCAGGAAUAAAGCUAAAUUUAUUCGCUAAUCAAUUUGAUAACUCCAUGGGUGAUACUACAGUCUUAGUGUUGGAAAUUAUAUCUUCAACUUUUGAUAAUCCGGUGGAACCUUGUUUAGAAGUGCUAUCCAAGUUGGUUGUGUAUCAUAAGGAUAGAAAAAUGAAAGCUGCCAAUGAAGAAAAUGACUUGGAAGAUAAGCUUGCUGCUUUAAAUAAAACUCUUGAUAACAUUGUUCACAUUCUUUCUGCAAAGCAAGCUUCCCUUGAAAUAUUGGGCAAUCUGUUUGAAGAUGAAGAUGAUGAAGCAUGGGAAGAUAUUUCAAGUUCUGAUUCAGAAGAAUUAUUAUUAGAUACAGGAGGCAUGGAGAUUGAUGAAGGCAUUUCUGCUAAUGAGCUUGAACUUUCAUUUCCACCUGAAGUGCAUCAAAUCAUAGUCAAUGGGAAUAUAUGGGAAAAGGUUGCUCAACAAAUUUUAUAUCCAUCCGAUGAAAUAAUACAAAUUUUGCAGUCUCAUUCUAAAACAAAAGAUUGUUUAAAAAGGAUAAACACAGUUCGUUGCACAGCUUUAUUAUGUCUGAACAAUAUAAUUCAGAAAUUAAAAGUUGAUGAGCUUGGAGGUCCUGAAAAACUGUGGAACUUGUGGCUUCAUCUUGGAACAUUGUUAUUCAAAAAGACUGAUUUAAAUGAUACAGAUCAAGUAGAAGCUCUUACACGAGUGCUCAGUGCUGUAGUGAAGCAAUUAGCUGAAGCUAAAUGCUCUUCACAAUUCAGUCACAUGACUGAAUCAGACUUACAAUUGCUGAUGAAUAUUUCCAGCCAAUCACAGGACUCAUGCAUCAAAGUUCAUAUUGUAUAUAUCAUGGGCACAAUUGGGUCUAUGUUAGGGAAUAUUGAUUCGCCAGCAUCUGCUAGUUUAAUUAGGGUAAUUGGAUCCUUCUUGCUAGACAUAUGCUUAAAAAGUAAUGACAUGUGGGUCACUGCAGAAACAUUAGAUAAAAUCUUUGACGUAUUUGCUGAAGAUCAUGUAGACUUCAUUGCUAGAGAAAUUGGCCUUAUUGAGAAACUCACCCAUCUGGUCCCAGUUCUGAAAGCUAAGAUCAAGCAGCAGAAGAAAAAUCUAUCGGAUCAUCUAGUUGUGAUUACAACUGCCAAAACCAAUUUGUUACGUUUCAUAAGAUAUAAGAACGAUUUAAAUAAAAAGUAGCAAAUCCUAUCAUGUUUUAAAUCGAAAUAUGUAUUUAAGAUUGUAUAUAGACUGACUGCUGAUUAAAAAAAAUUUGAAAAACUA